AUGUCGUGGACAUUCAAGCACAUCCUCUUUCUGCUUGCUGGUUUCGCUCUUAAUCUGAUGCUGCUUGUUCAUUCCCAAGAUGGUCAAUCAGGGUUCAUUAGCAUAGAUUGCGGCCUCCAGACAGAUUCAGGUUAUUCUGAAAAGAGAACUGGCAUUAACUACAUUUCUGACGCAACCUUCAUAGACACCGGUGAAAGUAAAUUCACAUUGCCUAGUCAAAGAGAUGACUAUCAACAGCCAUACUGGUCUGUUAGGAGCUUCCCCGAAGGAGCCAGGAAUUGCUACAAGAUAAAUGUUACACGCGGCAACAAAUAUUUGAUCCGAGCAAGUUUCGUAUAUGGGAAUUAUGAUGGCCAAGAUAAGAUACCAGAAUUUGAACUGCACCUUGGACCUAAUUUGUGGGAUACGGUUAGGUUUGAAAAUGCCUCCGAUGCAGACACAGACAAAGAGCUCAUAUAUGUCCCACUCCGAAACUAUAUACAUGUUUGUUUGGUGAACACAGGCUCUGGGGUUCCAUUUAUAUCUGCUCUAGAACUCAGGCCUUUACCUAAUGCAUCUUAUGAAACGAAAACGGGGUCAUUGGCAUUUGUCUCCCGAUAUGACACGGGCCAAAGUCCUAAUACGCUAACUAGGUAUCCAGUCGAUAUUCUUGACCGAUUCUGGGGUGCCUAUAAUGACCUCAAUGAUUGGACACAAUUAAACACCUCAUCCACCAUCGACUCCGAAUCUGACCAACUGUACCAACUUCCAUCUGUUGUUAUGAGUACUGCUUCAACGCCAAAAAAUCCAAGUGAUUCCUUGAGUAUUAUUCUCUCGUUGCCAGACAAAGAUGCUGAAUAUUACAGUUACCUACACUUCGCAGAAGUUGAAAGCCUCCAACUUAACCAAUCUAGAUUCACUGGUGGAGACGAUGUUACUUUUUCAAUUACCAGGGCUGAGAACUCUACCCUUCCACCUAUCCUCAAUGCUAUCGAGAUUUAUAUGGUUAAACAGUUCGUAGAAGCAGAAACAAACCAAGAAGAUGUUGACGCAAUCGCAUCGAUCAAGUCAACUUAUAAUAUUAAAAGAAAUUGGCAAGGAGAUCCAUGUGCCCCUCAAGAUUACGUUUGGCAAGGAGUAAAGUGUAACUAUCAAGAAUUUGAGUUACCAAGAAUCAUAUCCUUGGAUCUAUCAAACAACAACUUAACAGGACCAAUUCCAGAAUUUUUGUCAAAAUUCCAGCAUUUGACUGUCCUAAACUUGGAGAAAAACAAGUUCACAGGCUCGGUUCCAGUAGGACUGAUUGAAAGAAAGAAUAAUGGUUUACUAUCACUAAGUUUGUGCGAAAAUCCAAAUCUUUCCGGACAUGAUUCUUGCAAAUUAAAGAAGCAGCAAAAUUUGGUUAUUCCCGUAGUAGUGCCAAUUGCUGGCAUCCUCUUCUUAGUUGUAGCAGCUAUCUGGUGGUGGUGGAGCCUCAAAAGUAAAAGGCAACAUGGUAAGACUUCCAAUAUUUUGGAGAUAACUGAUGAAGACUUGAGGGAGAUGUCAUAG